GUGGCGGGGGCUCGGGCUCCCACUCACUGCAGCUCGGUGGUGCUGGGGUGAUCGGGGCGGAAGACCCUGGCUACCCGCACGGUUGGGAGUGGAGGGAUUCCAGCGGCCCCAGGGGGCUGCCCUUGGUAGCAGGGGUUCAUGGGUGCGGGGAGAACACACUCGCAGCCGCAUGGUAGCCCUGCCAGGGACAGACGGCAUACCUCUGGGGGACCCCCUUUGACCCUCGCAGAUCGCUUAAGGGAAAAAGAGGUUUUCUAAAAGCGUCUCAGACUCCUCGUCCACUUUCAUCCAUGGCUAGUAGCCAUGUUUCCACUCCAGAGGCUGUACAGAUACUGCCCCUUUGCCCCAUAGGGCAUUUCCGGGGUAAGAUCAGGGAUUGUUAAACAGAAGCUCAGAGGGAGUUAUUAUCUCGUGUGCUUAUUGGACCUAUAUGUAAGGAAGUGACCAUCCAGCUCCCCACGUGGGCUCUUGUUUUAUCUUCACCGCAUUCUUCCCUCAAAUAGAACGAUUUCAUUCGUGGCCUAGGGCGAUAGGUGCCCACAAGGAAAAUGAGCAAUCUGGGACUUGGAUUGGAGGUUUGGUACUCUUGUACCUGGGAAGAGGUGGUAUAAUGGAUAAUCUGUAUGAUUACGUUCUCCCCACUUUAGAGGAAAACUUAACCUUUAAAGCAGGUGCUCGUGGCUGUAAAGAUUAUGCACUCUAUGGCUUUCCUUUCUCCCCAGAUGCCUCAGUAUGGGCUAAGCCUACUUAAAGAAAUCUUAAUUAAUGGUGCUCAGAAUCUGUAUGAGACACAUUCCAUUUGGCUUACAUUUAGGGACAAAGGAUGAGUUAUGGAGAUUGGGAGGCUCUUAGGUGGGAGAUCUUGAUAGGAAUGAGGUCCUGGGAGAAUGGAAAGGAUGGCAGGGAGCGGAGUUAAUGCAAAGGAGAGCAGAGGCAAUGAAGGGGAAUCCAGCUAUCACAGGAGUUUUUAAAAGGAAAUCUAUGAAUAGGCUUUCAACAGGCAAGUGGCGUCUUGAAGGUCUUCCAGGGCACAAUGGAUUUGGCAUAUGUCUGUGAGUGGGAGAAAAGGCCCAAAAGCAACCAUUGUCCUUCCAUCCCGUUGGUGUGCGCGUGGUCCUGCAGGAACUUGAUUGCCUUCACAACUGACCUCAAAAACGAGGAGGAAAAAGAUCUUACCCACAUGAUCCAUAUCUUGGACACGGAGCAUCCGUGGGAUGUUUAUUCCAUUAACUCUGGGCACAUUGAAAUCAUCACCUGCUUGGAAUGGGAUCAGUCAGGUUCCAGGCUCCUGUCAGCUGAUGCAGAUGGACACAUCAAGUGCUGGAGCAUGACAGAUCACCUGGCCAACAGCUGGGAGAACACUGUGGGCAGCAUGGUGGAGGGAGAUCCAAUCGUGGCUCUCUCCUGGUUGCACAAUGGGGUGAAGCUGGCCCUGCAUGUGGAAAAGUCUGGAGCCUCGAACUUUGGUGAGAAAUUUUCCCGGGUCAAGUUCUCUCCCUCCCUGACUCUGUUUGGGGGGAAGCCCAUGGAAGGCUGGAUCGCUGUGACCAUCAGCGGCCUCGUGACCGUCUCUCUCCUCAAGCCCAAUGGGCAAGUGUUGACCUCCACGGAGAGCCUUUGCCGCCUGCGCUGCCGUGUCGCCCUGGCGGACAUUGCCUUCACCGGCGGGGGGAACAUCGUGGUGGCCACCUCGGACGGCAGCAGCACCUCUCCCGUCCAGUUCUACAAGGUCUGCGUUAGUGUGGUGAACGAGAAGUGCAAAAUUGACACGGAGAUUCUGCCCUCGCUUUUCAUGCGGUGUACCACGGACCCUGCCCGCAAGGACAAGUACCCGGCAAUCACUCAUCUGAAAUUCCUCGCCAGGGACAUGUCAGAGCAGGUGCUGCUCUGUGCCUCCAACCAGAACAGCAGCAUCGUGGAGUGCUGGUCUCUCCGCAAAGAAGGCUUGCCAGUCAAUAACAUCUUCCAGCAGAUCUCUCCUGUGGUUGGAGACAAGCAGCCGAUGAUACUGAAAUGGAGGAUUCUCUCUGCCACCAACGAUUUGGAUCGCGUUUCAGCUGUGGCUUUGCCAAAACUGCCAAUCUCCCUAACCAAUACUGACCUCAAAGUGGCUAAUGACACCAAAUUCUUCCCUGGACUGGGUCUUGCUUUGGCCUUCCACGAUGGCAGCGUGCACAUCGUUCAUCGCUUAUCCUUGCAGACCAUGGCAGUGUUCUACGGAUCCUCCUCUCAGCGCCCAGUGGACGAGCAGGCGAUCAAAAGGCAGCGAGCAGCCGGUCCUUUGGUUCACUUCAAAGCCAUGCAGCUCUCCUGGACGUCCCUGGCCCUGGUUGGGAUUGAUAACCACGGCAAGCUGAGCAUGCUCCGGAUCUCUCCCUCCAUGGGCCAUGUGCUGGACAUGAACAUGUCUCUACGCCACCUGCUCUUCCUGCUGGAGUACUGCAUGGUGACGGGGUACGACUGGUGGGACAUCUUGCUGCACGUGCAGCCCAGCAUGGUGCAGAACCUGGUGGAGAAGCUGCACGAGGAGUACAUGCGCCAGAACGCAGCCCUGCAGCAGGUUCUCUCCACGCGCAUCGUUGCCAUGAAGGCCUCUCUCUGCAAGCUCUCCUCCAGCACGGUGGCGCGCGUGUGCGACUAUCACGCCAAGCUCUUUCUGAUCGCCAUCAGCUGCACCCUGAAAUCCCUGCUCCGCCCGCACUUCCUCAACACCCCCGACAAGAGCCCCGGCGACCGGCUCACUGAGAUCUGCUCCAAGAUUACCGACAUAGACAUUGACAAAGUGAUGAUCAACCUGAAGACAGAGGAGUUUGUCCUGGAGAUGACCACACUGCAGUCCCUGCAGCAACUCAUCCAGUGGGUGGGCGACUUCGUGCUCUAUCUGCUCGCCAGCCUCCCGAACCAGGGAUCCCCUGUGCGGCCGGGACACAGCUUCCUGCGAGACGGGGCAUCGCUGGGGAUGCUCCGAGAGCUCAUGGUGGUGAUCCGGAUCUGGGGCCUCUUGAAGCCAAGCUGCCUCCCUGUUUACACGGCAACCUCCGAUACCCAGGAUAGCAUGUCCCUGCUCUUCCGGCUGCUGACUAAGCUCUGGCUGUGCUCAAGGGGCCCGUUCCAGAGAGCUCUCUGCUUCGUCUCCCACGCAGGUCGAGACGAAACUCACCCGAGCGAGCCGGACGAUACCCUGAUUGACGAGUGUUGUCUUCUCCCCAGCCAGUUGCUCAUUCCCAAUAUAGACUGGCUGCCCAUCAACGACGGCAUUAUCAGCAAGCUGCAGAGCAAGCAGCUCAUCAGGCUGCAGUUCGGGAAGGCCCCUGGACUCGUCGGCCACACUGUCUCGUCACAGUUCGAUGUCUUUGUCAGGGCACCUGGGCAGCCAAAAAUUGAUCACUUGAGACGGCUGCACUUAGGGGCGUAUCCAACAGAGGAGUGCAAGUCAUGUACUCGAUGCGGCUGCGUAACCAUGCUGAAAUCACCUAACAAAACCACAGCGGUGAAACAGUGGGAGCAGCGCUGGAUCAAAACCUGCCUCUGCGGGGGGCUUUGGAGGAGAAUGCCGCUCAGCUACUCCUGAAAGCGCCUCCUGCCAGGGGACAAGGGAACAAACCUGCCCUUGGUGGGGGAACAGCUUAGAGCAGCCUUUCCAAUUUAGAAACCUGGGAAUUCGGACCGGAGUCAGCUGGCUGGAUGUCUGAGAGAAAACACAUCGCUCUUCCCGCUGCCAAGAAGCAAAGGAGUGUUUAGAGGCUCAUCCUCCUUUGUGCGCUAAACUAAAAGGAAAAGAGAAUUUUUGAAGAAAAGAGUAAGAGGGGAAUCUCCCCAUGUGGGUUUCUCUGCCACACUCUGAGAGGCAGCAUGGUCUAGUGGUCAAAGCACAUUUAUGGGAAAUCUAGGUUCUGUUCCUACUUCUCCCACUAUCUGCCUAUGAAUCAUGGAACGGGUUGGGCCUCCUCAGUUUCCCGUCUCUAAAAGGUGAGGGAUCAUACCGAUUCCCCCUCUCUCCCCCCAUAUACACACACUUUACACAUCACCUUGGUCCUCUGGUGAAGGCUUUUUUAUCCGUGUACAGUCUCAGUAUUCGAAUGGGAGCGUUUCCCCGUUUGAGGGACCAGAAGGACGUUACUGCCCUGGGCUGAGACCAGCAGAGGGCUGUCCUGCCAGUAGCGCUGUCUUGUAAAUAAUAAUUCUCUUUGUUUUGCACAAAGUUUUAGUAAAAUCUCUAAAUCUUCA